AUGGCUCGAUCCGGCCGUGUCCUUUGCCUCGUGGCGGCGGUUGCCGCGGUGCUGCACGCCUCGUGGACCUUUGUUCCUGGCCCGCUGCGGCGCCAGGCCGUUCCCUUGGCGGCCUCUGCAGCCGUCCUUGCGCCCCUCCCCGCCUUCGCGGAUGGUGUGGACGCCGCGGCGAAGAAGCUUGCAGACGCCAGCUACCCCAUGGUGAAGGCGGUUGACUGGGCCACCACCGACGUGCUGGACAAGUACAUGGCCAAGGUGCCCACCACGAAGGAGUUCAGCAAGGCAAUCCUCGACCUGAGCGUGUCUCUGGACCCCAAGCUUGUCAAGGAUGCUGUCGCUGCCCACAAGAAGGCAGUGGAUGCCAUGGGCCCCGACUUUGUCACGCCGCUGAAGAACCACGAGGAAGUGACCGUGGCGCUGGCCAAGAUGUUUGCCGCUGCCCCGAAGGACAAGAUCAAAGCGGUCUUCGACGCCACGCCGAGCGUGAAGGAUCUGAACGCGGCCUGGUAUGCGCAGAUGCCCAAGGCUGACGCAGACGCCACUUUCGUGGCUUUCAAGGAGCUGGCGGAGGCAGUGAAGGCCGCUCCAGUGACGCAGGUCGCCCCCGUGGCAGCGCCUUCCAUGGAUGGGCCCAUUGGCAUGGCAGCCAAGAAGCUGGCAGAUGCCAGCUACCCGAUGAUCAAGAGCUUGGACUGGGCUGGCACCGGCGUGUUGGACAAGUACGUGGCCAAGACUCCAGCCACCAAAGAGUCCAUCGCCGCCUUCCUGGAUGCCGGCCUCGCGAUGGACCCCAAGCUGAUUCAGGGCGCUACGCAAGCACACCUGGAUGCGCUCAAGGAGGUGGACGGCAAGCUGGUGACAUCCCUCAAGGGCCACGAGGAGGUCACAGUCGCGAUUGCGAAGCUCAUCGCUUCGGCCCCGCCUGCCACGAUCAAGAAGGUCUUCGACACCGUUCCCAACAUUCAGGGCUUGAAUGCGGACUGGUUCGCCACCAUGCCAAUGACCGAUGCCAUCAAGUCCUACCAGGCCUUCCUCGAGACAGCCACAGCAGUUGCGGCGGACCUCGUCGCCUACAAGUGGUUUUCAGAGGUUGUGUGUUGUCGUAUCUUGGCAGUGUCUUUCCGGGCAGAAGAAAAGCUUUUUGUUGCAAUGGCUCGAUCCGGCCGUGUCCUUUGCCUCGUGGCGGCGGUUGCCGCAGUGCUGCACGCCUCGUGGACCUUUGUUCCUGGCCCGCUGCGGCGCCAGGCCGUUCCCUUGGCGGCCUCUGCAGCCGUCCUUGCGCCCCUCCCCGCCUUCGCGGAUGGUGUGGACACCGCGGCGAAGAAGCUUGCAGACGCCAGCUACCCCAUGGUGAAGGCGGUUGACUGGGCCACCACCGACGUGCUGGACAAGUACAUGGCCAAGGUGCCCACCACGAAGGAGUUCAGCAAGGCAAUCCUCGACCUGAGCGUGUCUCUGGACCCCAAGCUUGUCAAGGAUGCUGUCGCUGCCCACAAGAAGGCAGUGGAUGCCAUGGGCCCCGACUUUGUCACGCCGCUGAAGAACCACGAGGAAGUGACCGUGGCGCUGGCCAAGAUGUUUGCCGCUGCCCCGAAGGACAAGAUCAAAGCGGUCUUCGACGCCACGCCGAGCGUGAAGGAUCUGAACGCGGCCUGGUAUGCGCAGAUGCCCAAGGCUGACGCAGACGCCACUUUCGUGGCUUUCAAGGAGCUGGCGGAGGCAGUGAAGGCCGCUCCAGUGACGCAGGUCGCCCCCGUGGCAGCGCCUUCCAUGGAUGGGCCCAUUGGCAUGGCAGCCAAGAAGCUGGCAGAUGCCAGCUACCCGAUGAUCAAGAGCUUGGACUGGGCUGGCACCGGCGUGUUGGACAAGUACGUGGCCAAGACUCCAGCCACCAAAGAGUCCAUCGCCGCCUUCCUGGAUGCCGGCCUCGCGAUGGACCCCAAGCUGAUUCAGGGCGCUACGCAAGCACACCUGGAUGCGCUCAAGGAGGUGGACGGCAAGCUGGUGACGUCCCUCAAGGGCCACGAGGAGGUCACAGUCGCGAUUGCGAAGCUCAUCGCUUCGGCCCCGCCUGCCACGAUCAAGAAGGUCUUCGACACCGUUCCCAACAUUCAGGGCUUGAAUGCGGACUGGUUCGCCACCAUGCCAAUGACCGAUGCCAUCAAGUCCUACCAGGCCUUCCUCGAGACAGCCACAGCAGUUGCGGCGGACCUCGUCGCCUACAAGCUGUUUUCAGAGGUUGUGUGUUGUCGUAUCUUGGCAGUGUCUUUCCGGGCAGAAGAAAAGCUUUUUGUUGCAAUGGCUCGAUCCGGCCGUGUCCUUUGCCUCGUGGCGGCGGUUGCCGCAGUGCUGCACGCCUCGUGGACCUUUGUUCCUGGCCCGCUGCGGCGCCAGGCCGUUCCCUUGGCGGCCUCUGCAGCCGUCCUUGCGCCCCUCCCCGCCUUCGCGGAUGGUGUGGACACCGCGGCGAAGAAGCUUGCAGACGCCAGCUACCCCAUGGUGAAGGCGGUUGACUGGGCCACCACCGACGUGCUGGACAAGUACAUGGCCAAGGUGCCCACCACGAAGGAGUUCAGCAAGGCAAUCCUCGACCUGAGCGUGUCUCUGGACCCCAAGCUUGUCAAGGAUGCUGUCGCUGCCCACAAGAAGGCAGUGGAUGCCAUGGGCCCCGACUUUGUCACGCCGCUGAAGAACCACGAGGAAGUGACCGUGGCGCUGGCCAAGAUGUUUGCCGCUGCCCCGAAGGACAAGAUCAAAGCGGUCUUCGACGCCACGCCGAGCGUGAAGGAUCUGAACGCGGCCUGGUAUGCGCAGAUGCCCAAGGCUGACGCAGACGCCACUUUCGUGGCUUUCAAGGAGCUGGCGGAGGCAGUGAAGGCCGCUCCAGUGACGCAGGUCGCCCCCGUGGCAGCGCCUUCCAUGGAUGGGCCCAUUGGCAUGGCAGCCAAGAAGCUGGCAGAUGCCAGCUACCCGAUGAUCAAGAGCUUGGACUGGGCUGGCACCGGCGUGUUGGACAAGUACGUGGCCAAGACUCCAGCCACCAAAGAGUCCAUCGCCGCCUUCCUGGAUGCCGGCCUCGCGAUGGACCCCAAGCUGAUUCAGGGCGCUACGCAAGCACACCUGGAUGCGCUCAAGGAGGUGGACGGCAAGCUGGUGACGUCCCUCAAGGGCCACGAGGAGGUCACAGUCGCGAUUGCGAAGCUCAUCGCUUCUGCCCCGCCUGCCACGAUCAAGAAGGUCUUCGACACCGUUCCCAACAUUCAGGGCUUGAAUGCGGACUGGUUCGCCACCAUGCCAAUGACCGAUGCCAUCAAGUCCUACCAGGCCUUCCUCGAGACAGCCACAGCAGUUGCGGCGGCCAAGCGCUAG